GAGGGCCAGGCCAGGCCGGGCCGGGGCGAGGCGAGGCGAGGCGAGACGAGACGAGACGAGACGAGGCCGGGCCGGCUGGAGCAGGUGCGGGCCCGAGCCCGAGCGGCCCGGCGGGGAUGAGCCAUGGCUUCGGUGAAGGUGGCCGUGCGAGUGCGGCCCAUGAACCGCAGGGAGAAAGACCUUAAUGCAAAGUUUAUUAUUUCAAUGGAAAAAAAUAAAACGACAAUCACAAACUUAAAGGUACCAGAGGGUGGUACUGGAGACACAGGACGAGAAAGAACUAAGACAUUUACCUAUGAUUUUUCCUAUUUUUCAGCAGACAGUAAAAGUCCCAGCUUUGUUUGUCAAGAAAUGGUUUUCAGAAAUCUUGGUACAGAUGUGCUUAAAUCUGCUUUUGAAGGUUAUAAUGCUUGUGUUUUUGCAUACGGACAGACCGGAUCUGGGAAGUCCUACACCAUGAUGGGAAAUGCGGGUGAUGCAGGUUUAAUACCUCGAAUUUGUGAAGGAUUAUUCAGCAAAAUAAGUGAAAAAACAAAGCGGAAUGAGGCAUCCUUUCGAACAGAAGUCAGUUAUCUGGAAAUUUAUAAUGAACGUGUGAGAGAUCUUCUCAGACGGAAGUCAUCAAAAACUAAUAAUUUACGAAUACGAGAACAUCCAAAAGAAGGGCCAUAUGUUGAGGAUUUGUCUAAACAUUUAGUACAAAAUUAUACUGAUGUAGAGGAACUUAUGGAUGCAGGAAAUAUAAAUAGAACAACGGCUGCAACUGGAAUGAAUGAUGUCAGUAGCAGGUCGCACGCCAUUUUCACAAUCAACUUCACUCAGGCUAAAUUUGAUUCCGAAAUGCCUUGUGAAACUGUUAGCAAGAUUCAUUUGGUAGAUCUUGCUGGAAGUGAGAGAGCAGAUGCCACCGGUGCCACGGGGGUUAGAUUAAAGGAAGGAGGAAAUAUUAACAAAUCUCUAGUUACUCUGGGAAAUGUAAUUUCUGCCUUAGCUGAUUUAUCUCAGGAUGCAACAAAUCCUCUUUCAAAGAAGAAACAAGUAUUUGUGCCUUACAGGGACUCUGUGUUGACUUGGCUGUUAAAAGAUAGCCUAGGAGGAAACUCUAAAACUAUAAUGAUUGCCACUAUUUCACCUGCUGAUGUCAAUUAUGGAGAAACUUUAAGUACACUUCGCUAUGCAAAUAGAGCCAAAAACAUCAUCAACAAGCCUACUAUUAAUGAGGAUCCUAAUGUCAAACUGAUCCGUGAGCUGAGAGCUGAAAUAGCCCGAUUAAAAGCCCUGCUUGCUCAAGGGAAUCAGAUUGCACUCUUGGAUUCUCCAACAGCUUUAAGUAUGGAAGAAAAGCUUCAGCAGAAUGAAGCAAGGGUACAAGAACUGACCAAAGAGUGGACAAACAAGUGGAAUGAAACUCAAGAUAUUCUGAAAGAACAAACCUUGGCUCUGAGGAAAGAAGGGAUAGGUGUGGUGUUAGAUUCUGAACUGCCUCAUCUCAUUGGUAUUGAUGAUGAUCUGCUCAGUACUGGUAUCAUCUUGUACCACUUGAAGGAGGGCCAAACAUAUGUUGGCAGAGAAGAUGCUGUGACAGAACAGGAUAUUGUUCUUCAUGGCCUUGAUUUGGAAAGUGAGCAUUGCAUCUUUGAAAAUCUCAAUGGUACUGUGAAUCUAAUACCACUGAAUGGAGCGCAGUGUUCUGUGAAUGGUAUUCAGAUUUCAGAGGCCACACACCUAAACCAAGGUGCUGUUAUAUUACUUGGAAGAACCAAUAUGUUUCGUUUUAACCACCCCAAAGAAGCUGCUAAGCUAAGGGAGAAAAGAAAGAGUGGACUGCUGUCUUCCUUCAGCUUGUCUAUGACAGAUCUUUCAAAAUCUUGUGAGAACCUGUCAGCAGUUAUGCUUUAUAAUCCAGGUCUUUUCCCUGUAAAAGGACCAAUCUGUCUAAGGCUAGAAUUUGAGAGGCAACAACGAGAGGAGCUUGAAAAAUUAGAAAGUAAAAGGAAACAAAUAGAAGAGAUGGAAGAAAAACAAAGGUCUGACAAAGCAGAACUUGUAAGAAUGCAGCAAGAAGUAGAGUCACAGCGCAAAGAAACAGAAAUAGUACAGCUGCAAAUUCGAAAACAGGAAGAGAGUCUGAAACGGAGAAGUGUUCACAUUGAGAGCAGGUUAAAGGAUUUGCUGGCUGAAAAAGAAAAAUUUGAAGAAGAGAGAUUACGGGAACAACAGGAGAUAGAGCUUCAAAAGAAAAAGCAGCAGGAAGAAAUUUUUGCCCGGGUCAAAGAGGAGUUGCAGCGACUACAAGAACUUAAUCAUAAUGAAAAAGCAGAGAAAAUGCAGAUUUUCCGUGAACUAGAAAAACUUAAAAAGGAAAAAGAUGAACAGUAUAUUAAGCUGGAAUCAGAAAAAAAGAGACUUGAAGAACAAGAAAGGGAGCAGGUGAUGCUGGUGGCUCAUUUAGAAGAACAGCUUCGAGAAAAGCAGGUCAUGAUAGAACUCCUGAAGAGAGGGGAUGUACAAAGAGUUGAAGAAGAGAAAAGAGAUCUUGAGAAUAUUAGAGAAUCUCUUUUGAAAGUCAAAGAAGCCCGAUCUGAAGGUGAUGAAAACUGUGAAGACUUAGAAAAAGCACAGCAUGAUUUCAUAGAGUUUAAAAGGAAACAACUGCAACAGUUGACUAUUUUGGAAAAAGAUUUAGUUCAGCAAAUGGAUCACCUAGAAAAGGAAAUAGCAGAUGAAAAAAGAGCUCUGGAACAAUUAAAAUUUGCACAUGAAGAACAUUUAAAUGUCAAGAGAGAUGAUGAAAACUUUGUGGAUGCUGUAGUCAAGGCUGAGGAAGUUGACAAGAUUAAGCCAGCGGAGUACAGGCUCCAAUCUAAAGUACGCCAGCUUGAGUAUCUGAAGAGUAAUCAUUUGCCAGCUCUGCUGGAAGAAAAACAAAGAGCUUCUGAAGUCCUUGAUAGGGGCUUGUUAGGGUUAGAUAAUACUCUCUAUCAAAUAGAGAAAGAAAUAGAAGAAAAAGAGGAGCAGCUUGCCCAGUAUAGAGCUAGCACAAAUCAACUGCAGCAGCUUCAAGAAACCUUUGAAUUCACAGCCAAUGUAGCUCGUCAGGAAGAAAAGGUUCGGAAAAAGGAAAAAGAAAUACUUGAAUCAAGGGAAAAACAGCAGAGAGAGGCGCUGGAGCAAGCUGUUGCUAAGUUAGAAAGGAGGCACUCUGCUUUGCAACGUCGUUCAACAAUAGACUUUGAAAUUGAAGAGCAGAAACAGAAGCUUGCCACCUUGAACAACAGCUGCAGCGAACAGGCAGGUCUGCAGGCUAGUCUAGAAGCUGAGCAGAAAGCCCUUGAACAAGACCGAGAACGCCUGGACCAGGAAAUUCAGCAACUGAAGCAAAAAAUAUACGAGGGUGAUGGUGGUCAGAAAGGAAAUCAUGGAACAUUAGAAGAGAGACUCUACCAUACUACUUCCCCUACCAGCCCAACAAAGCCACAGCCACCCGCUGCUCCACUAGUUGAUGAUAGGAUAAAUGCCUUUAUUGAACAAGAAGUGCAGAGAAGGCUCCAGAAUAUUCAUCAUAAAGCAGAGGAUAACAAUGUUAGCCUGUCCUGGUCUACAGAAAGUUUAAAGGAUAAUGAGAGGCUUAAUAAUGGCACUGUUCAACGCAAACUGAAGUAUGAGAAAAGUCAACAGUGGCAGCCACAUUAUGGCUUUCCAUUUAUGUCUAAAGAUGGCAAUUGUGCUUCUGAGUUAUGUGGAGAAAACGCAGGAGUAAGAGACCAUAAAAGACAGAAGGAAUAUACAGAGAUGUGGGAUUUCUUUUCCAGUUCUGGAAGAAUGUCCUCCCCUUUUACAUCAGAGAAAGCAUUUGAGAAUGAAAGGGGUAAUUCAGAACAGGAGACCUUUUCUUGUCAUUGUGACAUUGAAAGUAGUUUAAUUCACUCUAAAAAUAUUAAUACUUUAAAGAGUAAGAACGUUCCUUAUCAGAAUGUUUUAUCUACUUCUUUACAAAGUCAUGACUUAAAUAAUGUGGCUUAUUCGCUCUGCAAGGUUGAAAAUUUCCAUCAUUUUGACAAUAAAAUAAUUACUUCUCCAGAUUGUGACAGCUCAAGAACUGAAUCUGAUUGUUCCCACUUGAAACAGCUGUCUCCUGUAGGAUCCUUAAUGGGUGCUAAUGAGCAGUCUGGCUUUAACAGCAUAUCGUGCCUUCUCUUUUCUCAGUCUAAUGUGCAUUCUGAAAUAAUAACUUGUAAAGAAAACAGCCCAUUUAAGACAGUGCACCUGACAAUUGGAGACCAGUCUAGUAAUUCUCAGCUUCCAACACAAAAAGCCUCUGAUUUGAUUUCUUUUAACUCAAUAGUUUCUCGUUUUGAUGUGAGACCAAAACACACUUAUGGUUUGGGAUAUCUUUUCAGUAAGCUUUCUUGCCUUUACGAAGAUACCACUAGUCAGCUGCUCAACAGUACAGUGGUUUCUAAACGAAUUAAGGAGUUGAGAAGUUUGUGUGACAGAAGCGAGAUACGUGCACAAGUGGUAUCAUUAAUAAAAAAUCUGCCAUUUAUAAGAAACCUGCAAGUAAAUGUAUUCUUCAAGUCAGAUGUGAAUCAAGACAUAUCCCACUCUACUGAUGAUUCCAAAGCUCAUACUGAAAUUGUCAUUCAGCCUGAAUCCCCUGUGCAAGAGACUAUCAUGACGUGUGUAAGCACAGAAAUCUCCGAUGCCUGUGCAAGAAAGCCCUCUGAAGGAUUUGCAUGCUGUUGUGAAAACGAAGACCUAGAAAACAGUCUUGUGUUAAGACAGAAAUUUGUGCAUUUUCCUGAUGUUUUUUUGAAGCUUCAGGUCUGUUCUCUGGAAAAAGUGCUGGAAUUUUUGACCUGUGCCUUGCCUCAAAUUUGUAUUAGAAUGGAGGAGUUGAAAGGUAUAUAUUGGCUUGCUGUUGGCAAUUGCAAAAAAACUGAUCCAGAACCUGCUUGCUUGCUUUUGUUCAGCUCCGUUCUGUAUGUUGUUGUUUCUUCAGUCGAACAAGACAACUGCCAGAGUUCCUUGGCCAUGUUUCAUGAGGUUCCCAUCGCCACGAUAAAGGAGAUUCAAGUUGGCUUUGCUGGACAGAGUAUUAGUCUUCUGUGUUCUGCUGAAGAUGGUUUACUCACAAUAUUUACCUAUCACAAACACUUCACUCAAAGAAUUUGCCAUGACAUAAUGAGCAUUUUGAUUUCUACAAUGGAUGAUGCUGUUUAUUUAAAUCACCAGCUCUUGAAAGAUGAUCUGAUGCAGAUUUCAGUUGACUGGACAUCAGAAGUAAAUGACUUAGUUUUUUCAAAUGGAGUACAAUUGUCCUGUAAAUUCAGAACUGUAUUAGCUGAUCUAGUUUACUUACUCCAUGAAAAUAUGGGAAGUAUUAAACCUUUGUUAGGUGACAUUCAUGUAGUGCUGUAUACCACAGUGAAAAUGGACUGUGCUAAGCAGCCUGUGUAUAGAUCUCUAGUUCUUACAAAUACUCAUAUAGGUCUCUUAAGGGAAAAUAAUGUCUUUUAUCCUCCACCUAACUCUUUGGAUGCUUCAUGCCAGCAAUCACAAUUUGACAUCCUUCAGUUGUACAGUUUGAAUGAUAUUCGAUGUGUAGUUUUGCCAGACAAAGAGAAUUUCACAAAAAUUUUGCUUGUGUUUUCUAGAAGGAGCAAGGUUGGAUCUGAUUCAGGAAUUGGUUUUUCUAAAUACUGUGAAAAAGAAAUAAAUACUCAGCUGACAGUCAUCCCAUCAGUUCUUCAAAGCAGUUUGCAUAUCCCUUCAGAAAUCUGGAAAUUAACAUUCAGUUCAAGUGAAGAAGCCAUUUGGCUAAUUAUGCAUCUGACUAGGUGUUGAAAUCCAAAUACGUUUAGAUACAUUCAAAAUAAGAGGCUAAUGAAUAUUGAUAAAUUUUUUUUUUUUUUUUUUUUUAAUCAAUAGGCAAAAGAGUCCUUUAAGCCUGUAAGGAAUACCAUAGAGUAUGUGCACACAUCUUAGCAAAAAUCAUUAUUACUUGAGUGCUUACUUUUUGUGGGUCUCUAAUAUGGUGUACAUAAAUUUCCUUGGGAAAGUGAGGAAAUUAAAUGUUUCUAUCUUAUGUAGUAGGUGGAUCAAAACUAUAAUUACAACUGUGUCUUCUGAUUUCCAUUUUGGCUGUUGUUUCUGGCUCCCUCCAUCUCUUGUCUGUCUUCAUUAAUGUCUUCUCCAUUCCUUCUGGAUUGCCUUUUCCUUAAUCUCUCUGAGUAUCUUUGUUCUUCAUGCUUCUCAUCUGUUUCAUGCUCUUGAUGUCAGUAUUUCAAAACAUCUGCAAUAUCUUUUUUGUCUGACCUGUAAGGUGUGUUUAGGUUCCUAUGGUACGUUCACUGUAUGCUCUUAAUGCUAAGGAUGUUUAUAGCUUUUAUACUUACAAUUUUAGGAAGAAUAGCAUUGACAAUUCUCUUCUGCUUCAGAGUUUUGCAUGAAGGAUUAUUGCACUCUUGCAUUAAAGUUUGCCACAAGUGCAAAAGGAGUUGUGUUUGGCUUAUUCUAAGUGUGUGUUGGCUGAGUUACCAGGAAUUGAUGGAUUUGCCAUAUCUUUUCCCCUGCAUUUGCCCCCUUUGCCUAGAGCCAAGAGAGGUUAGGCUAUGUGGAAGUAGUGAAACAGAACAAGAAAAAUGCAGAGAACAUCCAAUAUUCUUUUUAGAUUUUUUCCCCUGCCCUCCUUUUCUUGCAGGGAAGCCACACAUGGCUUUGUUAAGUCAUUCCUGUUUAUUUUGUCCAAAUAGUUAGCUUGUACUUCCCCACAAUAGAAUAAGUCUCUAUAUUCCCUUGAUGUGAGCAUUUAAGGAAGAUGUGAAAAUGAAUCUGCUUACAGGGUGUAAACAGACAUUGGCUGUGCUUUAAAUAGCAUUUUGACCUUUGGGCAUGCUACUAUACCUGUGGUAAGGCAAAUGUCUUGGGGUUUAUCAUCUGUCUACAUGUUUCUCAUGCUGUUAAAUGGACAGUUAGCAACUGGGGAUAUUGCCUGAUGGAUGGAGUAAAUUUAUCCCUAGAGUUAUCUGCAUGUAAUGUGCCCCUUUUUCCUGCUCACUUCCUAAUGGAGUUGGUGAUGCUGUAAGAUUACAUCUCUUACAGUCUCUUUAAUAUUAUAGUCCAAGAAAUAAUGGAACUAUUGAACAUUAGUAAAAGAUUUCCAUUAGUUGAGGCUUGCCUUUAGCUUAGUACAAGGUUAUUCUUUACCUGUUACCCCUGUCAGAUGUUCAAAUAAUAAAUAAGCUGUUGUCUCCUAUCUUUUGUUUCUUCCCUUGUAAGGGGAGCUGGAUACCUUUUGAAUCCUGUUGCCUGAGUGUGCCAUCUGCCUUGUUUGAGGAAGAUGGUCCCUGGCAGAAAAAACAGUGGUAUCUAAUCUGAAAUUCUAAAUUCUGUAAGCACAUUGCCAGUAGAGGUGCAAUCUUCUACUAGACAGAGUUAGACUUCAGUCUCUCUACUAGUAUAAGAACAUUUCCUGUUUGUUCUUACCAUAUGUUAAGACAGGAUACUGUAAUUCACGUGGGAUUUAAAAAGAAAUAACUUGCAUUGGAUGAGAAGUUGUGUCUGGAAGGAUGAAUGCUGGUUUGGAUAGAGAAUUACAGGGGUUUUUAUCAUAACAAAACUUUCUACUGCCUUAAGGAAGUCCAAAGAUGAGCAAAAUGUGUCACGUUAUUUUGAGGUAUGGUUUUUGUUUUUAACAGAAAAGGUAUACAGGAAUAUCUCGCAGAACAUGGGGUAGAUAGAGUAGUUAUGAGUUGGAGCAUAACCUUGUGUCAGUCCAGUUCAAGACUGGCUCCCUCAUUGGCAUCACCAAGGCAUUUCUUCUGAGCCUUGAUGAAAGUUAACAUUGAAUGACACUAUCUGGAAGGACUGCCUUAAUCACGGCUGUUAAAUGACAGCAAUUUCUGCAAAUAAUUCCUUCUCAGAUUAUAACCCAAAGUUAAAUGUUUGUGCAUGUUGUGUUCCAGAUAACAUCAUUGUCCUUUUUUGUGUUUGUUUUGAAAUCUAACUUGAUGAAUAUUCUGCACUUUUAUGAAGAAAUGACUUCACAGCAAUAUCUUUUAUUCUACUGUAAAUGAAACAUAAUGAUCCAUGUUUAUGACUGUCAAAGCAUUAUUUAAUGUAUUAGGGUGUGUUUUUCCCAGUACUUUGUGUUUGAGAUUAUUUUCCUCUCUGACUAUUAGCUGUUUGUAAUAGUUCUCUGAAAAUGACUGCCAAUAAAUUACGUGUUGACA